AUGAUUUUAAAAGAUCUCCUUAUCCUGCUUGUUGUGCUGUCACUAGCACAAGCAUCCUCGCCUCAGCAUAUCAUUCAUCCCAAAUUUCUACAUCUGGGUAAGUGAUUAUGGUAAUCUAUCGAUUCUAUGCACCGUGGAUAUUGAAUAUUUUUGGGGAACAACUAAGUUAAGUCUUGGCCAGGGCUGUUGAACUAUAAGCUAUUUGCCCUAAAAUAUUUCUAUUCAGCUCUCGUUACUGUCAGGCAAUGGUUCACUUUCUAGUUAAACUGCUGAAUAACCUUGGUUCAACACCCCUGGUAAAUGCUUUAAUUUAUAUUGAAUUCUUCCUUGUAUUUCUAAAACAUGGACUUCCAUGUUGCAUAUUUAUUUUAAAAAUAGGUCAACUUAAAAUGAUUUUUGUGCUUUUUUUUUGUCGUAUUGUCUGUUUGCAUGAUAACAACAUUUAUUUAAGUUAAUAAAACAUUAUAUAUUUUCGAGUAUUUUUCGAGUACUAUUGUUGUAGUUUGGUACGAACUAUAAAUAAAACAAAAAUGUAUGGUUAAUAGAAACUAAACAUUUCUUUUAUUUAAAGAAUCUAUUGUAGUAGAACAUGGUUAUUGUUGAGGUUUUGAUUGAAAAGUAAAAAUAUUUUGAAAUUGGGUCAGUGUCGUGGUGACAGAAGGUUCUUUUUUGGAAGAAUCCCUCAGGGCUCGAUGUUUGGACAGAAUGUAUUCCUUGUAGCCAAGCCAUCUGUAGACCAUUCGAGACUUAUUAUGUAAUGGUUCACAAGCAACUAUGUACACAGAAGGGUUCUGCAUAACUCUUUAAAGGGUUAUUACAAAUUACAGAUGGAGAUACUCAAGUCAUGUCAAGCAUUAAGGAGGACUUACAGAACUCUUAGAUGUCCCUCUUUCUGAUAAUUAUAUUACUUGGUAAACUUACACCACUAACAGCAUGAUUCAAUGUACGAAUUUAGGAAAAAUGUACGGAACCCUGGGACCCAAUACACAAUGAUGUAAUAAUUAUAUUUUUACUGGGAUAUUCGCAGAGCGUAAAGAGAACUUUGAUCUGCUUUGCACAUGGCAAGAUUAGCCAUAGAGUAACACCCACCACUUCUUGUUCAUUAUUUAAUGAAAGUUAGUAUUUUAACUGCCCUUUUGUGUUUAAGGUUAUAAUAAUUUAGGGUUGUCCCAACCCCCUUUUAAUCAGCAGUGUUUUGUUUUGUUUUUUGUGAAAUUACAAAGUUAUAUUUAAAAAUGUAAUAUGAACAUUGAACUCUCAUUUUUAUCUACUACAAUAUUGAAGAAUGAUUUUUUAGUGACCGGACCAUUUUUCAAUUUUCUUACCGUUAAGGACCAGGGCUGUUUUUACAUUUCUGCUGUGUUUGUGUUUAGCUGUAAUUUUUCUCUUACUCAUCUACUGUACCCACCGAUUUAACCCUGUCAUUUUCAAAAACACAACAAAACCUGUACAUAGGGGGUACUGUUAUACUCAGAAACUUCACUGAACACAAAUAUUAGUGUUUCAAAACAGUAAAAUGUAUCACAACAAUAUCAUCGGUUAAAGUGUUGUUUUUGGGUGAAAAAUGCAAAAAAACUUAAUUUUCACUGACAAUAUCAUUGCUGUGAUAUUUUACUGUUUUGAAACACUAACAUUUGUGUUCGGCAAAGAAUACCGAGUAAAACAGUGCCAACCCCCCACCUCCCAUGUACAGGUUUUAGAGUGUCUUGGAAAGUUACAGGGUUAAAUAUAGUGCUAGCAAAUUAAAUUCUCUGGACUUUCGUCCUGAGUUGUCAGGCAGGUCCCACAAAUUGCAAUCAAUAAAAUUACAUAAUUAUGUAAAAAUAUUACAUAAAUAUGCACGUAGAAUUGAAAUAUAUAUACAUAUUUAUAUAUUUGAAGUCUACAAGUAUAUUUGAGAUUAUUUAUGUAAUAAUGUAUAUGGACAUGUAUAUUUCGUAUUAUUGUUAUAUACAUAGAUAUAUAUAAUUUCAUUUUAAGUAUUUUGUUAUGAAUAUAUAAAUAUUAAUAUCAAAAUACAAUAAAAUUACAUAUAUAUAUAUAUAUAUAUAAUUUUUGUAAAAUUAUAUUUACAUUUUUUAAUUAUUAUUUAUGUUUUAUAACAUAUCUAUAUAUAUAUAUAUAUAUAGCGAGGGCUUGCACUCCUGGUGUAAUCCUGUGGUGCCCGGUGCUGGUCUGGCAAGGAUCAUGUAGACAUAGCAGAAAUUACUGCGUGUUUUGUCCUGAUGAAAGCUCCAUGUGGGAGCUGAAACAUUGACUUUUUAAAUUGAUUGAAUAAAAGUUAAAUUUUAUUUGAAAAUCUCUACAAAGUCCUUGGAGUGUGGUCAUUUCUGCUAUGUCUAUAUAUGUGUUUGUGUAAUUUUACUCCAAGUGUUUUUUUAAUUGGUACACUCUGGUACUGUGGAUUUCGUCUACCUGUGAUAGGGAAGAUAUCUUCAAAUAUUGUUCUAGAAAAUGUAAUCAAAAUUUGGUUAAAAAUCCAAAAUUACUCUAAAAUCCAAGCUCGGAUUAAAAAAUUUAAUUAUAAGAUCAUUAGAUGUAGAGAUUAAAACAGAGAAUGUGGUAGAUAUUCAGUUGAUUAGAUGGAGAGAAAAUUUAUUAGUAGAAAACACAAUUAAAUCCUUCCAAAAUUUAAAGCAGGAAUUUCUCUUAAAUGAUAAAGAAAUCUUUACUUAUCUUCGUAUAAAGGUUUUUAUUAAAACAUCUUUAUUAGUAAACCACCUAAGAAACUUGACUUCAAUAUAAUUACUUUUAAAUAGACAAUAAGUCAAUAAACUUCUUACUAAUCAGAGAAUAAAACUAAUAUACCUGCAAUAAAAAAAUGGUCUACAUAGUUACAUAGCUGAAAAGAGACUUGCGUCCAUCAAGUUCAGCCUUCCUCACAUAUGUUUUUGCUGUUGAUCCAAAAGAAGGCAAAAAAACAAAGUAUGUAGCACUUCCAAUUUUGCAACAAACUAGGAAAAAAUUCAUUCUUGACCCCAAAAUAGCAUUCAGAUGUCUCCUUGGAUCAAGCAGCUAUUACCCCACUAAUUAAAAAUGAUAUCCCUGUAUGUUAUGUAUUUGCAAGUAUUUAUCCAAUUUCAGUUUAAACAUCUGUAUGGACUCUGAUAAAACCACCUCUUCAGGCAGAGAAUUCCAUAUGCCUUAGAUUAAAUCUCCUUUCUUCCAGCCUAAGUAUGUGACCACGUGUCCUAUGUAUAGCCCUGUUUAUGAACAGAUUUCCAGAUAAUGAUUUGUACUGGCCCGAAUAUAUUUGAAUAAUGUUAUCAUAUCCCCUCUGAGGUGCCGUUUUUCCAAACUAACGAGAUUUUAAUUUUUUAAUCUUUAUAACUAAAAUGCUCCAUUCCUUUUAUCAAUUUUGUAGCUCGUCUCUGCACUUUUUCUAAUGCCAUGCUAUCCUUCUUUAGAACAGGUGCCCAAAAUUGCACAGCAUAUUCAAGGUGUGGUCUUACCAGCAAUUUAUAAAGAGGCAAAAUUAUAUUUUCAUCUCGAGAAUUUAUGCCCCUAGUUAUACAUGACAAAACUUUAGCCUUAGCAACUGCAGAUUGACUUUGCAUAUUGCUGCCUAAUUUGUUGACUAUAGCAGUUCCCAAAUCCUUCUCAUGUGUGGUUAUCCCUAAUUCACUACCAUUAAGGGUGUAAUUUGCUUGUGCAUUCUUGACCCCGAAGUCCAUAACUUUGCAUUUCUCUACGUUAAAUUUCUUCUGCCAUUUUAGUGCCCAAUCCCCCAACCUAUCCAAAUCCCUCUACAGCAAAGCAAUAUCCUGCUCACAUUUGAUUACUUUACAAAGGUUUGUGUCAUCUGCAAACACUGAAACAUGGCUUUCAAUGCCCAUUUCAAGAUCACUUAAAAUAUGUUAAAAAGAAGCUGUCCCAAAACAGAACCCUGAGGGACACCACUUACCACUUUUGUCCAGUCUAAAUUUACCAUUAAUGACAAGCUGUUGUACUCUAUCCUUAAGCCAAUGUUCUACCCAAGAACAAGAAUAAUAAUCAUCAAGACCAAUUUCCUUUAGUUUGAUGACUAACCUUUUGUGAGGAACCGUAUCAAAUGCCUUGGCAAAAUCCAAGUAGAUCACAUCAAGUGCAAAAUCCUGAUCAAUACUUCUACUUACUUCUUCGUAGAACACAAUAGGUUAGUUUGACAUGACCUAUGUUUCCUAAAACCAUGCUGAUUACUGCUAAUAACAAAGUUCUUCCCAAUGAAUUCCUGAAUAUUAUCCCUUAAUAGCCCUUUAAAUAUUUUCACAGUCACAGAAGUUAAGCUCACAGGUCUAUAAUUUCCAGGCAAGGAUUUUGAACCCUUUUUAAAUAUAGGAACAACAUCUUCCUUCCUCCAAUCCUCCGGUACAAUACCUGAAACAAAAGAAUCUUGAAAAAUUAAAUACAGAGGUUCAAUUAUUUCCCUACUUAGCUCCUUAAGUACUCGUGAGUGAAUACCGUCAGGCCCCGGAGCUUUAUUGACAUUCAUUUUCUCUAAUAGCUGUAGCACCUUGUCUCAAGUUAUCCAAUCACAAGUUAUCUGCAAGUUUUUUGCAGCAAACAUUUGCAUAUCUCUUGCCACAGGAUCCUCAUUAAUAUAUACUGAAGAAAAAAUAGUUAUUUAACAUUUCUGCCUUUUCCUGGUCUUCAUUAACUACCAAUAUAUAUAUACAGAUAUAUUUUAAAGAACUAAACUUGAAUAUUUCGAUUGAGAAUUGGCAACAAGCAAUUGCCAAAACUAACAAAUAUAUACACUGUAUUAACCUCCAAGAAAACCAGUACAAAUUUAUGAAUAGGUGGUACUGGGUUCCUACAAAACUAAAAUGUGUAUAUCCAUCAAUUUCAGAUGUAUGUAUGCAGUUUGAUAAAGACAUUUUGUAACAGGAUUUUUGUAUUUUUAAGAGACCAAGGAAUAACUCUACUUAAAAAACCCAACAGAAUGCUAUAUUACAUCUACUGGAAGAAAAACGUCGGGAGAGAGAAACACUACUUAUUAUUCACGCUCUAAAUGUUUCAAAAAUUCUAAUCGCCUGAUAUUGGGAACAAUCAAAAACACCAAGUAAUUCAGAAUUCAAACAGCAAUUAGAAUACCAAUUAAAGAUGGAAGCAGGAUUAGGAUGGCAAGAUAAAACAUAUCUGUCGUAACCUUGGCCAGAGACACUUAGAUCAAUCAAUUCUCUAUUCAAGGUAAAUUGCCACUGACCGCCAUGUAAAUGGACUUUAAGACCCCUACUUGACUUCAAUAUUUGAUAAACAGACAACUAAGCAUCUUGACUUUACUUUUUCCCUGCCCCAGCAGUCUAUUUGAAUUAGGAAGCAGAUAUACCAAAUACACUGUCUGUUAAGUGUAUAUUUUAAAUGGUAAAUAAAAAUCACAAAUAGCAAAAAUGCUAUUUUUUUUGCUUAUUUAUGUGACUUUCUAGGGACUGAAGCUAUGAAUGAGUUUUUGUAUAAAUAUAUAAACAAAGGGGUUUAAAAAUAUUGUAUCAAAUGUAUCAAUAAUGUUAAUUUUAAUAUAUACAUUUAGCCAUAUUAUUUUUAUUAUUACUAGCGUAUAAAUAGUGUCAACAUAAUCUGCAGCGGUGUACAAUUGGGGGUUGCGGGGUAGAACAAUAUACACAGACCAAAAAGUUAAAGAAGUGCUUGUCUGUGAGCUAAGAUCUAGUCAUUGAAGCUCUUUUAGACAAAGUGGUUCAGUGAAAUAGCCUGUGUGCUCACAAUCCAUAUGUCAACAGCCCUUGAGAAACUAAAAACAGCAAAAUCACGUGAUUCAAAGCAUCAUUAUAAUUGGGUAAUAAUGACCGCUCUGAGUGGAGCACGUUAGAAGGUUAAAAAAUUAAAUUAGCAUAGAGUUUUAACCUUGGAGGUAUUUUUUAUAAAGAAAAAACACACUGACACACUGCACAAACCUUGUAUAAAACAGUCAUUUUGUUGUCUGGUUGUUAGAAAGAGUACUCACAGUAAAGUCACUGCAUUAGUAUCACUACCACCCUGGGGUCCUGGCAACAGUAUUGACACCUCCAAGUCAGUUAAGGGUCUUCAUUCCAGAUUUGACUCUACCUCAUCAAUAUCACCUUGACUUCCGGUUAACCUCGCUCUACAGUUGACACUUGACAAAUUUAAUCGAUUCUACUUAGUCCUCAGUCCAAAGUGGCCUAGUCUCCUUAUAUAAAAUAACAGCGUCAUUUGAGCACAGUGUUAUGAUUACUAGGUCAUGGUCGCAUCACAUGGCUUCAAAUAAACUGAACUGACGCAACUGUAACAGAUCCCCCUGUUUUGCGUUGGAUCUAUAAUAUAUGUUGUACCAGCGUCCUACCCUGUUGCCUGGGAACCUCUACCUUUUAACUUCCUGCCAUCAUCCACAUUGCCCUGCACCUAAGGACAAAAACUGUUUCUGGCCCUUUAAUUGUGCUGUGCAAAGAAUGGGUACAUUUGAUAUGGCACUUCGGAUACAGCCGAAGUGCCGAAGUAGUCGAAGUGGCCGCCAUUAGACAGUGGCGGCGGCCAUUUUAAUACAGCUGAAUGCGGUCAGCGGUGUGUGCCAUCAAAUCUCUGGAACGGAAAUCGGUCACACAUUUGCACGAACACCGCUGACCUGUACCGUCCCCUACCCUUCGACACUGCGGCUGGAGACUAAGUCCCAUUCGAAGAUUCAAACACACGUUCGAAUGGGACUUUGUCAUCUUUUUCAUGUGAAAUAGACUACCACUCACCUAACGACCACCGAGGAAGUUUAAUCCCGUUUUACUUCGACAGAAGUCGAAGUGCGUUCGACGAUUCAAAUGCCGCCUUCGGAUGGGACUUUGUUAUCUUUUUCCUGUGAAAUAGACUGCCACUCACCUAACGACCAACGAGGAAGUUUAAUCCUGUUUUACUUCGACAGAAGUCGAAGUGCGUUCAACUAUUCGAACGCCGGCUUCGGAUGGGACUUUGUUAUUUUUCAAGGCAGAAAUAGACCGACCGCACAGCCUGAAUCUGUGCAACUGUUUUGGGCAUGCAAACAGUCCAAAGAGACUUUUCUAUAUCUCUGGAACCCCUGAACGUAUUUGUACGAAUUUUGAAUAUGUUUGUCCCCAAGUUGUGUUGUUCAUAAAAAUAUAAGUUUUAUUCCUGUGUGAUGAAAAAUCAUAAAGUUAUAAAAAUGCAUAAAAAAGCAUAAGUUUUAGCUUGGAGAUAAUUGAGUAGAUACAGUAGGAAACUCAAUUAUCUCCCAAGCAGAGGGGAGGGAAUCUGUGGGAUGUACCGUUGUCUGAUUGGUUAAUGUCUAAUUGCCUGUGGACGUCUCCCUUGCAGGGGAGCACUGCAUAAAAGCAGAGUACCUGCCAUUAAACAUCAGUUCUACUUCACCCUCAAUCUAGAGCCCUGUCUCUUAUUGGGGGUAACCGCUAUACAGCUAUUCACACUAGCUCUUGUAAGAACUUCUUCUCUUGGAAUAUGACUGGAUGCUGACAAUCCUCCUCACUGAUCAGGAAAAGGACACCCUCCAGCGGUUGAAACCCCUCUGCUACACGGGGUAACUACUACAGCAACCUUUGUGUCUUUUUACAUUUUUUUUUUGGAGUCCUGUUUUUACUCUUGAGUUAAUGACGCAAAAUUGAUGCAUGGGCUUGGGCCUAUAUAUACUUGCUCUGCUAAAAGUUCAGUGUCCUUUAAAGGUUCAAGACCUCUUAAGUGUGCUAUUAUGUGUAUUUUGGUUUUCUUUGGCUUUUUGACCUGGUUUUGCUAUUGACCCUGUCUUGUUUUCUAAUAUCCCUGACCCGACAAGUCCUGACACUGCUUUUGCCUUCUUCCCCAGGUUUAGGUUACUCUGGUUAUUCUCUGGACUAAUUAUAGUAUUUAGUUCUGCUACCUUCAGUUAUUAUACUAAGCAUUAAGUUAGUCCACUCUAAGGUCCAGUAAAACAUCUCUUCUGUCCCUCUAGCUGUUCCUUUGGUAUGGGAGGACUUAUAUAUUGAUGAGGAACCAAUCUAUUCCUGACAACAGUCCACCCAGCCUCCCUUUUCUUACCUUGACAGGGAGUAAUCCCUGGGGCCCACUAGUUUAUUGGGAUUUCUUUGUACUAUUGCUGUCCCUAUGCAGCUCUGUGCUGAUGUCGGACUGGGGUAAUGUCACAUCCCAACUUCCAACUUCCAUCCCAACUUCCAGCAUUAGUACAGGUUGCAUAAGGGAGCUUAGUAUAGAGAGAUCCUAGCAGCCCCCUUGCUGCACAGUCUACAGCCACUGACAGGACACCAUCAGAGCAUUUUUGGUGGGCAUGCUAUGCUACAGGAGUUUAUUUUGUCUUCUUGUUUUGGUGUGUAUUCUGCCUUCUAGUGGUAUAGUGAGUUUUGUUUCUUGAGACAUUCAGUGUCGAAAUCAACAAUAUUAAAGGAACACUCCAAGCACCAUAAAUACUGCAGUGUGCUGUAAUGGUUAUGGUGCCAGGAGUGGCAUGGUGUCCCCUAAUAUGAAUAGUCAAACUGUUGACUAACAGUUGGACUUCUGACCUGUUGUAUACUGGGCACUGGUCCCUACAUCUCUGGAGCUUGAAGUUCUCUGCUUGAGUUAAGCCCAGCGAUGGAAUGUUUGAUAAUGGUUUAACACUUGAUGGUAAAAAAGUGACUCUAGGAACCAAAAACCACUUGUUGAUUACGUGAUUUUGGUGCCUGGAAUGUUCUUUGACGUGAUGCACACAUUGCUGCUUCCCAUGCCUAUGAAACAGGCCGAUUUUUAAAAAAUUACUUCUUAGACCCUGUCCUUCUUUGUGGUCAUUAACACUGAGUAAUCCCAGUGUAAAUACUAACUCAGCUAAUAAGUGCAAAAACUAUAAAUAUCAGUUGCGUUUUUAAAAGAUAUGCCAGACAUCUUUCAGAAACUCAAUAAUAGCGGGGAAUGGCAUGUGAUAAAACAGCAGGAAUUUUCCAUUUAUUUUACAUUUUUAUACGUUUUAAAAGUAUGCAGUGCAAUACAUAACAGCAUCCAGGGGGGAACAUUACACACAUCAGAGAUGCAGUAAAAAAAAUAAAAAUAAAAAUACAUAACAAGCAGUUUACUAAUACAUUGACUCACUUCUUGCUGUUUUAUGGUGAGACAGAAGGUGGUGGGAUGCAUGAUUGUUCAACAUAUGCAUUAAGAUAUAUACAUGACCAGACGUGAUUAAACAGAGUUAUAGAACAAGGUCAUAGAAGAAAAUAAGUACCAACAUAAAAAGUGUGAAUUUAAGACCUACAGCCAGCCCAUGAGCUAGAUCCCCCUACUGUAGUAUCUGCUAGACCCAUGCUGGCCCGAUCUCGAGCAAGAAGCCACCACCUAACCGGGAACCUUGAUCACAACCAACCCAUAUUGAUAAACUUGAACUUACCCAUACCGUCCUUAAACAGAAGGUAACCACUGAAAACAAAUACAACAUACUGUAAUACGAGUUACUCCAAACUCACCAAGCUCAUAUAAUUCACCAUAGGGAGAAUGUGAAACCAGUACAGACGCCAAAAUAGUAGGGCAAUUACACAAGUAACACCACUCCACUAGAGGGUACAACAUCCAUACAUGAUAUGUUUACCCCCACAGUAUUGACACCAGCACUAGAGACCCAGGCAUCACUUAUUGUUUUGGCAAUACCCCCUAGAUCAAUACACAUACUUUUUCGAGCAAUACACAACUCUCUUUGGCAGUAGGUACCUGACAACCACAACGAUAAUAAAUGGAGUUAUGGAAUGAUGUAUAAUACGCUGUGACCCCUGCAUGGGUCCCCUUCAAUGAUGUAAAUGGAUUGUAUGUGAGAAAUGCAAAUCACCCCCUCUAUGUAUUCCUGUGAUUUCCUUUUAUGUAAACAAUAAAAGUUUAUAAAUAUAAAAAAAAAAAGAAAUGCUUAGUUACAGCAAGCACAAUGAAAAAAAAAGUGGGAAUUUAAAAGCAAUUGUUUGUAAAGAUAUAAGAAAAUAUUAUGAAAAAUAAUAUAUAUUUAAAAAAAAAAAAGUGUGAUCCACAUUAUGUCACCAAGUUUGCAUAUUAGAUAGUUGCACACUUGUCCCGCUGUGCCCUGGCUUGCGUGUGAGUUUGCCAUAAAAACAGGAAUAUGGUCCCAGGGUCCGUAUGUAUUCCUAGGAGGACACUUGAUAAUGUUCCACCCAGGGGGACCAGAAUGCUGAGUAUUUGUCUCUUUGUCAAUGCUGACCAGAGUGUGUAGUGCUUAUACUUUUUGGAACCAUUGUUACAGAGAGAAACUUGUAGUCUGUUUCCAGAAUAGGGAAAUUAGUGUGCUAGCUGUCUCCGGCAGCUUUCAGAGGAGAGCCUGUUAGGGAGUCUCUUUAAAACCGCAUAGGCAGCCUAAGAGGGCUAGUGAAAGUAGUAUAGAAUGGGAAGUGGGGUAUACUCCCUGGUUGAACUGGCUGUAUCACCGGCCAUUACCACCAGAUAUGCUCCAUGGUACCUAUAUUGGAGGAGCAUCAUAUGUUACUAAAUGUCUAGUAAAUUGAGUGUAGGAAAAAGGGAGUCCUACACCACCUGGAUAUCCCUUCAUGUAGGGUCUCCUAUCAAUUAAGGCUAGCGGAGGAUGGGAUAAUUUUGUGGCAUAUAAAUUUUUAAUCCUUGGUUGUUGGUUGAAAGUGGAGGAUGGCCUCCAAGGCUCACAUAAAGGAAGGAACAGGGAUGGUGAGAGGCUCUUAUAUCAGGGAGUAUAUCCUAGAUAUGUAUAAAACAUGCAAAAGUGUGCCUUGAUCACUCAUCUGAGAAUGGUUUAUCUUGUAAACCAACUAAUUUGCUUAUAUAAAGUCUCUCACACUACAGUACCUACAGUACCUCACCUGCAAUACAGCUCAUAGACUUCUCGACUGCCUACUUUUCACAUGCAAACAGUUGCCAUCAGUGAUGGUACAGUGCCAUCCUUAGUGCAGCCAACUCAAACCCAUCUUGUUGCUAAACCAUAGUCUGGCUAGCCUUGCUGUUUCAUCAACUUCCCGGUAUGACAGUCAGUAUCAGACAAUGAGGAAAAUCACUCUACAUAGUACAAAAACACUGCGUGAUGAAUGAAAGCUUUAAAAUAUUGUAUCAUCAGUCCGCAAGACCUUCAUCUUAAGCUGACUGCUGACAUCAAUUCAUUACCCCAACAAGCCUCUUUUUUGCCAUCUUAGCAACAACUUUUUUACUGCUGCCGAACUCAAGCUGUCAAACAUUCCACCAAAGUAUUCUUGUCACAGUUGAAAGUGAGACUUGCUCACUUCAACUAGAAUUAAGCUGUGCUUCAAACUAUUGUCAUCUGAACCACCUAUAAUGCAAGCUGUUCUGAUUUUAUUGUGGAUUUUGGUCUGGCAGACCUAUUUAUGUAUUUAUGUAUUGUUAUAGACCUAUUUAUGUAUUGCGUUUCUUCCAAUUUCCUAGUGCCAUUUGAAGGUGCAGAAAUCUGUAUUCACCGGCAUCUUGGUAUUUUUUGUAAUUUCUCUAAAGGAAAGAUUUUUAAGGGUUAGCAUGGUCUGUCUAUCUUCCUUAGGUUAAUAACCAUUUUUUGGCAGUAUGAUGGCAACAUACAACUUCAUGCAGUACAAUACAGCCAAAUUAAUGCUUAAUAGUGCAUAGUAACAAUGUAUUUUCCAACACUGCUUUUAUAGAGACAGAGGGUUUAUGAGUAAUCAACAAAUGUUGAAUAGUGUGUGAAUUGUUAGCAUCAACUUUGAAGGCCUAAUUCACAUCCCACCCCUUGCUGCAGAACAGCUUUAAAGGAACACUAUAGGGUUAGAAACACAAACAUGUAUUCCUAACCCUAUAUUGUUAACACCACCAUCUAGCAAUCCCCUACCCCCUCCCAGCUCCCUCUUGCCUCCCUAAAUAUAGUAAAAUCUUACUUAUAUUCCAGUCUGCUGCUGCUGGGUCUGCCCCUGAUCUGCAUGCAUACCUGACAUUAUGAGAAAUGAUUCUGUGAACCAAUCACAAUGCGUUCCACUAAAGAUUGGCUGAGACUGUCAAGGUGGCAGAUCAGAGCCAGCACAAGUCAAACACAGCACUGGCUAAUCAGUAUCUCUUCAUUGAAUCAAUGCAUCUCUAUGAGGAAAGCUCAGUGUCAGCACGCAGAGGGUGGAGGCACUAAAUGUCAGUGUUGCACACUGUCAGGGGCUUUCCAUGGGGUUGGUAAAACCUGCGCUCGCCCGGGGCGCAUGCCGGGGGGGGGAGGGGGCAAAAAUCACUUGUCAAUGUGGCAAGUGAUUUUUGCACCCCUUCCACCUGCGCUCCUGGCACCCCCAGGCAGCGCAUGGCUCCAUAAGGGAACCACAGGCACUGUAAACUGGGAGGGGAAGCGCAUCCCCCUUCCGCCCUGCGUGGGAGCGCCGGGUGUCACGUGACUACCCGGCGCUCAGUCUGACUCAGCACUCCGCUGGGGUGGACGUCCAGAGGUCCCCCUCCCCUGCUAUGUGAAGUGAAAGGGCAGUGAGGGGGGCCAAUAAUGUGUGGGCUAGAGCAGGGCACAGGCUCUGUUAGUUAAAAGGUGCCUGCUAUUAGGGAAGGAGGGAAAUAUGGAUGAAGAAAGGGAGGACCUGGGAGGUCAUAAAUGUAAGGGGUGGUGACAUUGGGGUGGAGACAUAGGGGUAAGGGGUAGGGAGAUAUGGGGGGGGAUAAAGAUGUAAGGGAGGGAAACAUGGGGAGGAGAGAGAUGGAAUGGAGACAGACAUGGUGGGUGAGAGAUGGAAGGGAGACAGACAUGUGGGAGAGAUGGAAGGGAGAGAGACAUGAGGGGAAAGAUAGGGAGAGAGACAUGGGGUGAGAUAGGGAGAGAGACAUAGGGGGAGAGAUAGGGACAUGGGGUGAGAGAUAGGGAGGAAGACAUGGGGGAGAGACAGGGAGAGAGGCAUGGGGGAGAGAUAAGGAAGGGAGGGAGGUAUGGGGGAGAGAUAAGGAAGGGAGGGAGGCAUGGAAAUGAGAGAUAGGGAGAAAGGCAUGGGGGAGAGAUAAGGAAGGAAGGGAGGCAUAGGGGGGAGAGAUAGAGAAGGGAGGGAUAGCAAGAAUGGAAAAGUUGCAGAAGCGAGCAGAGAGACUGAGGGAGCAUUCCAGACAGUGGCAUUACUACUGAGACAGUAAGUAACUUGAGGCACAAGUAAGAAGCAGGGAGGGGAGGGAUAACAUUUAUUAAAAUGAAUGUGUGCACAACAUUUACACAAACUGCAUACACUAAUACACACUCUGCAUUCACUACGCUAACACGCACACUCUGCAUACACUAUGCUAACACACAUUGCAUUCAGUACGCUAACACGCACACUCAGCAUUCACUACACUGACACGCACACUCAGCAUUCACUACACUAACACACACACUCUGCAUACACUACGCUGUGUUCCUAUUUCAGCCCUUCAUUUGGCUUUUCAUUGGCAUAACAUCCACUUACAGGGGUUGCAUACUACCCUACCCCACCACACUACACAAUAUUGUAGGUAAGUACCAUAAAUCGCUGGUAAGACCACACCUUGAAUAUGCUGUGCAAUUUUGGGUACCUGUUCUAAAGAAGGAUAUCAUGGCACUAGAAAAAGUGCAGAGACAAGCUACAAAAUAGAUAAAAGGAAUGGAGCAUUUUAGUUACGAAGAAAGGUUAAAAAAAUUAAAUCGCUUUAGUUUGGAAAAACGGCGCCUCAUAGGGGAUAUGAUAACAUUAUACAAAUAUAUUCAGGGCCAGUACAAACCAUUUUCUGGAAAUCUAUUCAUAAACAGGGCUAUACAUAGGACAUGAGGUCACACAUUUAGGCUGGAAGAAAGGAGAUUUCAUCUAAAGCAAAGAAAAGUUUGUUUUACAGUAAGAGCAAUAAGCGCUUCAGACUGGGUUUUUUGCCUUCUUUUGGAUCAACAGCAAAAACAUAUGUGAGGAAGGCAGAACUUGAUGGACGCAAGUCUCUUUUCAGUAUGUAACUAUGUAACUCAUACAAACCACCACCCCCUCCCCCUCUAUCUUCUAGUGCACGUGAAAUAGCAAAGCUCCAUACACAAUGCUUUCCCAAUAAAGCCAAUGGUGUUAUCAGCCUUAAAUCAUAUAUAUAUAUUUACACACACAUACUUUGCCACGUCCAUUUCACAUGAGCCUCAGACUGUUUUGAAAGUACAACUACAAGACAUUUUAGGUAAAGGAAAACACAUAUUUUAAAGGUAAUAGCGAAGAGGGAUAUGGAUACAAAUACGUAAGUAUUAAACAAGAGGCAAAUUACUUCCAGAGAAAAGUUUAAAACAAAAGUUGGAAACUUGAGCAGAGGGCAUCAUGGGAUAUAGAAAUGUACUAAUUCUUACUUCCAUUGUUUAUUCAGAUUGGCCAGCAGAUUGUGGAGUUGCUUUUUUCCAACAAAACACAGCUGGGAGGAUAGUGUCUGGGAAUGAAGUACGACCAUAUUCCUGGCCCUGGCAGGUUUCCUUGCAGGUAAAAUAAAUCCUUGUGCCACAGUUUUAAUUUCUUAAACUCUAAGAUACUGUAAGCACCAACACAACUUUAGCUUAAUGAAGCGGUUUUGGUGUAUAGAUCAAGCCCCUGCCGUCGCACUGCUCAGUUCUGUGCCACAUAGGAGUUAAAUUACUUUUUUUGUGUUUAUGUAGCCGUAGACCUACCUCCCUUGGUUGUGACUCCUCACAUAGACUGUUACGAUCGGGGUAACCCCUACACACAAAGAGAAGGAUAUUAGCCAAAAUAAGAGGAAGAACAGGAUGCGUAUACCGGACCUUAAAGUGUCCGGACUUAACGUGUGCCUAAAAAGGCAACAAAAAGGUAGUAAUAAAGGAAUCCUAGGUCAAGGAAUGCACAGGUACACAAGAACGAGAAAACAAGCCAAGGUCAAAGGGAUACAGACAGUCAGGAUAGCCACAACAGGGCAAUGAUUCCCAACAAGGGGGGGAACUUAUUUAGGGCUAGAAAGAAUACUAUUGGACACCAUCAUCACACUGCACCAAGAAACACAAAGGGGUAUGACCUGUGCAAAACCUCCAACAAAUAUAACAUGACUAAAAGGUGAGUAUAAAGUGUUACAUCCACAGGGUCCUGUAAUUUCAAAGGACACCUGAAGGUUGCGUGAGGUUGCACGGGAAAUCCGUCAGCCUUGCAGAUAGUGCAGAGCUGUCUGCAGUUCCAUGGAGAGAAUGGCGCAUGACCUCUGAGCUGGAGGUGUCCAGGAACGCAGCGUUCAACCAAGUGAGAGCAGCGUGGGACAGGGAUCUUCGUGGCUGCCGCGCGGUACCCGAAGGUAUAGUACAGGCUGCAUGAAAAAACAAGGUUUUCAAUCAGGUCUUACAGCACAGUAUGUUUACUUUAAAAGUUCUUAUCUACUGCCCUUUCAAUUGCAUUUUUAUCACAUAUAAACAAAUUGAUCUACCUUCUAAGAUGCAGAACAUUGAUCAGUAAGACUAUAGGGCAGGGCCGGAUUAAGAGCACAGUGGGCCUGGUGCUGACAAUUAUGAUGGGCCUAAUUACGGAAUCUUAUCGACCAAAAACACUAAAACAGUCAUACCUCCCAAGCGUCAUGUAUCUGAUGGAGAUGGUGCUGGAGGGAAACUCAUAGGAUGCAGCUAUAAGAAAACACAUACUCUAUGCUAAUUUCUCUCUAAUUUAUGCAUUCAUCUUUCAAGUAAAUCCAUAACCCCUAACAGCAGUGUUCAGUGAAGAAGGAAGUCAAUGGGCGAGGUAAAAGGGUGUGCCACUGGAGUGAAUCACGUGACAAGACCUGCCAAAAGGGAUGAACAUGCCCAAAAAGGGGGCAUGUUUGUCCAAAGAAUUGGAAGGUCAGCCUGGCAUGAAUGCAUGUCAGGAUGCCUGCCAAUCCUGCAGGCUGUCCAACUAAGGGCAUACAAUGCAGGCAGCACCUUGAGCUUGACAUAAAUGCGUCUAAUGAUGCGCUCACUCCAUUCUUUCUAAGGACUGUCCCCUAGCACUCGCUGGUCCACUUGUCUCCUUACCUUCUUACUAGCAGGCAGAACUUCCUGGUAUAGUCUGAGACAGAGAAAAGGUGUCUGUAGUGAGUGUAGAAGAAAGGGGACAUGCCACAGUGUUAGAGAGACCAACGUCUGCAUUACCUAAACUAACUUUAAUGUCAGCCAGUGCACACAAGUUUUGUUCCCAUACAUCCCUCUUAAGCUUCCAAACUUAAAGGGACACUAUAGUCACCAGAACAACUACAGCUUAUUGUAUUUGUUCUGGUAAGUAGAAUCAUUCAAUUCAGGCUUUUUGCAGUAAACACUGUCUUUUCAGAGAAAAUAACUCCACUGGCCGCUCCUUAGAUGGCUGCUAGAGGUGCUUCCUCGGGCAGUACUGCCUAGUGUGCAGCACUGCCAUUCAGUGUCUCCACCCUCUGCAUGCAGACACUGAACUUUCCUCAUAGAGAUGCAUUGAUUCAAUUUAUCUUUAUGAGGAGAUGCUGAUUGGCCAGGGCUAUGUUGGACUUGUGCUGGUUCUGCCCCUGAUCUGCCUAGUUGACAGUCUCAGCCAAUCCUAUGGGGAAGUAUUGUAAUUUGCUCAGACCACCACUUCUGAGCCAGCAGCUGCAGAAUUGAAUACAAGUAAUAUUUUACUAUAUUUAGGGAGGCAAGAAGGGGCCAGGGUGGUGGUUUUAACAUAAUAGGGUAAGAAAUACAUGAUUGUGUUCCUGACACUAUAGUGCUCCUUUAAGCAAGAGUAUGUGAAGAGUAGUUAAGGUUCCCACCUUUCUUGGAAAAAAAUACCAGCCUUAAUCAUUUGCAUAAUUAAUUAGUUAUGCGUGUAAAUCACAAGGAGUGACAUCAGAGAAAAUUCUGUAAAAUCACCAACAAACUACUCACAGUUUGAUUCUGCUGUAUAGAUGGAUUGCUCCCAGUGUCUCACUGUCUCCCAGUGUCUCAGUCUCGCAAGUCACCCUGUGUCUCAGUGUCCCUAUGUAUCACAGUGUCAGUGUCCCAUCUCGCCCAGUCCCCUAGUCCUGCACAGUCCCCUAGUCUCCCAGUGUCUCCCCAUUUCUCCCAGUGUCCCAAUGUCUCAGUGUGUCCCCAUGUCACUAGGAUACUGGGGACACUGAGAGACAUGGGGACACUGAGAGACCCGGGGACACAGAGACAUGGGGACACUGGGAGACAUGGGGAUGCUGGGACAUUUAGGGAAACUGGGAGAAAUGGGGACACAGACACUAGGGACACAGACACUGGAAGCAUGGGGACACUGAAACAUUUGGGGACACUAAGACACUAGGGACACAGACAUUGGGAGACUAGGGGACACUGGCUGGGAGACAGACACUUGGGGACACUGGGAGACAUGGGGACAGUUGUAGACAUAGACAUGUGGACACUGGGACAUAUAGGGACACUGGGAGACAUGGGGACACCAGGCACACUGAGACACUAAGAACACAGACACUGGGAGACAUGGAGACACAAACAUUUGGGGACACUAAGACACUAGGGACACAGACACUGGGAGACUAGGGGACACUGGGAGAUUAGGGGAUACUGGGAGACUAGGGGACACUGGCUGGGAGACAGACACUUGGGGAGACAUGGGGACAGUUGUGGACAUAGACAUGGGGACAGUGGGACACAUGGGGGCACUAGGAACACUGAGACAUGGGACACAGACACUGGGAGACUUGGGGACACUGAGACCCUAGGGACACUGGCUGGGGGACAUAGUGUCUCCGUGUCCCAAUGUCUCCAAAUGUCCCUAUGUCUCACAGCGUCCCCAUGUGUCUCAGCAUCCCCAUGUGUCCCCUAGUGUCUCAUUGUCCUCAUGUUUUCCAGUGUCCCCAAGUGUCUGUGUCCCCAUGUGUCCUAGUGUCUCAGUGUCCCCUAGUGUCUGUGUUCCCAUGUGUCCCCUAGUGUCUGUGUCCCCAUGUCCCCAAGUGUCUCAGUGUCCCCAUGUUUUCCAGUGUCCCCAAGUGUCUCAGUGUUCCCAGGUCUCCCAGUGUCUGUGUCCUAGUGUCUCAGUGUCCCCUAGUGUAUGUGUCAUGUGUCCCCUAGUGUCUGUGUCCCCCAGUGUCUCAGUGUCCCCAUAUGUCCCCUAGUGUCUCAGUCUCCCCAUAUGUCCCCUAGUGUCCCCUAGUGUCUCAGUGUCCCCAUGUGUCCCUGCUGCCUUUCCCCCAUCCCUCACUUACCUGAGCUGUAGAGUUGCUGUAUGGACUCUCUGUGCUGUGUAGUUGCUCCCCCACGGAUCAGUGAGUAGUAGAGAGAGGCAGGGAUAUUCUGUAACUUCCUAUCCCUGCCUUUCUCCACACACAGUGACCCCUACUGGCCGGUGCUGAUAUUGCAGAGUAAUUUCCAUUUAUUCUGAUUAAAUUACCUGCAUUUGUAUUGCCGGUAUUACUGCAAUACCGGCACAGCCAGCCUCAAAUACCAUCUGUGCCAUUAAAAUACCAGUCAGGUGGCAAACCUAAGAGUAGUGUGUAAAAAAAAAAAAAAAAUGGGCCUAUUCCAUGGGCCUGGGCCUGGAGCUGCAGCUCCAUCAGCCCCUAUGUUAAUCCGGCCCUGCUAUAGGGGCAUGAUCUAUACACCAAAACACCUUCAUUAAGCUAACGUUGUUUAGGCGCUUAGAGUAUCCCAUUAAUGUAUUAUAGUAUUUUCUAUCAAAUGCUAUAUUGAAGCUGCCUGACAAGUUGCCUUGGUCGUGUGAGGAUUAAAAAUCUGUCAGCUAGUGGCACCAACUGCUUCUCCCAACCCAUUGACAGUAAGAUGUAUAUAGCUUGUAAUAGAACCUCAUCCUGAGGGUAGGGGGGUGAGAGUACUGAAUUAUCAUUAGGAGAGGAUCUACUCUACUACUUUGUCCCCCUAAAAUCCUGACCUUUGUCCACUGGGUGGAAGUUAAUAACUACAUAUUUUUAAAUGGAUGUGGGGUAUUAAUGCACCAAAAACAAGAGUUAAUUUGAACACCAAAAACAGACAGCAACUCAAAUAACCUAGGUCUUAGCUUUUAUCUCAUUUGUGUCAUUACAGUGAGAACCUUACCCUGUGGCAUAUCAGACUAGUUUCUUAGUCUGUGGAUGCCAUUAGAGGGAAAUCCAAUUUAGAUUCACGAGAGUGUGAAUUUUAUUGAUUUACUACGGGGCAGCCAUUUCUGUCCACUGAAAUGUCCUCUGUGUGGCUUUAUGAUGAAUAGGUUCCAGAGAAUGCAAUCCUUUAAAAAACUAAAAAAAAAAACACAACAAUAACUCAUAAUGUAUAAUAUGUAGGUUUUAUAUAAUAAAGUUUGUAAAUCUGUGUGCUGUUCCAAUCUGUUAAAGUAUGUUUUUUGUCUAUUUUUUACUGCAAGGUUAAGUCUAGAGGAAGUAAGAAAUUUGUUCACGUCUGCGGUGGGACGCUCAUUCACAAAAAUUGGGUCCUCACUGCGGCCCACUGUUUUCAGAAGUAAGUAUUCAUAUGUUGAAGAAUCAUUGAAAAGAUUAUUUAUAUAUAUUUUUCUCAAUACCUCUCUCAGUUAGAGGAUCAAUUUAACAUUAAACUGUUAUUCAGCUAUGAUAUUUAAAGAGUUCCUUCCCCACUCCUCCAUAUUAAAGAAAUUAUUUUAAAUUACCUUUUCAACCAAUGGCAACUACUCACUCACCUAUGCUCCCACCUGGGGAGAAUGUCAGUAACAACAAUCUUCCUGUCUUGUCCAACAAAAAUUGGAAACUGUGUGGCAUGACAUACCUUUAUGAGUGGAUAUAAAAGGGAUGUGAGACCUGAAGUUUAAACCCUGAAAUACGUCAGCAAGCUGAACUACUAUAGGGUUUUGGCAUGUACCUUCCAGAUGCCAAAUUCAGGAUCAUACUAGUAAGAGCAAAUUAGAUGGAGAACGGUGAAUAGGUUCAUUCCCAAAUGUCACCAAGUUGCCACUGGCUUCUACAUUCGGCUGGGAAGUGGGGGUUGUAGUGACAUUAGGCUAAAAUACUAUAUUGGGUGAGCAUGGUAAUAAAUAAAAUCUCUACUAUUAGCAGGUUCAUUUGGCAGCCAUUUCAGUCCAUUAUUUAGUGUCAUGAACAAGUUCCUUUUCUGUAAACCAGUAGGUGCCAUAAUUGAGUUUAUUCCCUGGGCAUCCAACAGCUUAGUCUUUCCUGGACGUGGAUAGAGACCAUCAGCUGGUUUACUUUAAUUAAUAUCCAAUAAGCACCAUCAUUGGCUCCUUUCCUGUACAUUAGUGAGCAAGAUCAACAGGCUCAUGUUUUAUAUAUAUAUAUAUAUAUCAAUAAGUGAUAUCAGAUGGUACCGUCAGUGGGUAUAUUUCAUAUUAUUGAUUUUAUACAAUUAAUAGAUUCAACAUGUGAUUUUGAUUGAUAGUCAAUAAUAUGCUAAUGUUUAAAUACAGUGAUUGGAAAAAAGUAUUUGAUCCCCUGCUGAUUUUGAACAUUUGCCCACUGACAUAGAAAUGAUCAGUCUAUAAUUUUAAUGGUAGGUGUAUUUUAACAGUGAGAGACAGAAUAACAACACAAAAUUCAAGAAAAACGCAUGUCAAAAAAAGUCUAAAUUGAUUUUCAUGUCAAUGAGUGAAAUAAGUAUUUGAUCCCCUUUCAAUCAGCAAGUUUUCUGGCUCCCAUAUGUCUUUCAUACAGGUAACGAGCAGAGAUUAGGAGCACUCUCUUAAAGGGAGUGCUCCUAAUCUCAGCUCAUUACCUGUAUAAAAGACAUCUGUCCACAGAAGCAAUCAAUCAGAUUCCAAACUCUCCACCAUGGCUAAAACCAAAGAGCUGUCCAAGGAUGUCAGGGACAUGAUUGUAAACCUACACAAGGCUGGAAUGGGCUACAAGACCAUUAUCAUGCAGCUUGGUGAGAAGGUGACAGUUGGUGCGAUUAUUUGCAAAUGGAAGAAACGCAAAAUAACUGUCGGUCUCCCUCGGUCUGGUGCUAUGCAAGAUCUCAUGGAGUUUCAGGAAUCAGCCCAGAACUACAUGGGAGGAUCUUGUUAACAAUCUCAAGGCAGCUGGGACCAUAGUCACCAAGAAAACAAUUGGUAACAUACUACACCAUGAAGGACUGAAAUCCUGCAGCGCCCGCAAGGUCCCCCUGCUCAGAAAAGCACAUGUACAGGCCCGUCUGCAGUUUGCCAAUAAACAUCUGAAUUAUUCAGAGGAGAACUGGGUGAAAGUGUUAUAGGUCAGAUUCAGGGCCGGCACUUCCUAUAGGCAACUUAGGCAGUUGCUUAGGGUGCCCCUUAGGAAAGGGCCAGGAGCACCAGCCCCCUCAUGCUGCAGCUGCCUGAGUGCUCUAUAGAGAGCCUCAGGCGGCUGCAGCACUGCCUGGGCCAGUGCGUCCAUGAGGAAUGCUGCCUAUGACUCUAAGAACACCAUCAAAGAUGGAGGUGGAAACAUUAUGCUCUAGGGAUGUUUUUCUGGUAAAUGACAACUGCACCGCAUCAAAGGGACGAUGGACGGUGCCAUGUACUAUCAAAUCUUGGGUGAGAACCUCCUUCCCUCAACCAGAGCAUUGAAAAUGGGUCGUGGAUGGUAAUUCUAGCAUGACAAUGACCCAAAACACAAAGUCAAGGCAACAAAGGAGUGGCUCAAGAAGAAGCACAUUAAGAAGCACAUUCUGGAGUGGCCUAGAAAAUCCCAUAGAAAAUCUGUGGAGGGAGCUGAAGGUUCGAGUUGCCAAACAUCCGCCUCGAAAUCUUAAUGACUUGGAAAGGAUCUGCAAAGAUGAGUGGGACAAAAUCCCUCCUGAGAUGUGUGCAAACCUGGUGGCCAACUACAAGAAACAUCUGACCUCUGUGAUUGCCAACAAGGCAAUCAAAUUAAUUUAUAACUUUUUUGACAUGCGUUUUGCUGGAUAUUUUUUUUUGUUAUUUUGUCUCUCACUGUUAAAAUACACCUACCAUUAAAAUUAUAGACUGAUAAUUUCUUUGUCGGUGGGCAAAAGUUCAAAAUCAGCAGGGGAUCAAAUACUUUUUCCCCUCACUGUAUAUUCAUCAAUUCUACCAUUGACAAAAUCAAUCAAGAUCUACAGAUCUAUGUGAUUUCUAAUCUACAGGUAUACUCCUUAUCUACUAAUUUACACAAGGUUAGAACCAAUCAAUUAAGCCAUCUUAUCAACUAUUACGUAAAUUGACACCAUGGCGUCCACAGCAUAAGAUUUGAAUAAAAAAAAAAUAAUCUGCCAAAUUAGAAUGCUUAAUUACUUGUGAUUUUUUUUGUAAGUUCUUUUCAUUUGUCAUGGAUUGCACUGAUCUGUUAACCUGUAUUAUUUCCAAGGGGGAAGGCAGAAGAUGCAGCAAAUUGGAGAAUUGUCCUUGGUAAACAUAACCUUAACCGUACAGAACCUACGGAAAAGAUUUACAAUGUGAAGCGUAUUUACAGACACGAACGCUUCCGCUACCCUCAUCUAAAUGAGCUUGAUUAUGAUAUUGCUUUGGUGAAACCAGAAGGAGACAUUUUAACCACACACUUCAUCCAGUAUGCAUGUCUUCCUAAAAGAGAAAUUGCUCUGCGGCCAGGCCAUUUCUGUUGG